UUUUAUAGUAUAUUUUUGAGACCAAAUUGGUAUUUUUCGUUUGGUCCGGCGCGGUCACCCUGCUUGGCAGCACUAUUUUGUCGGUAAUAAGGAGAACAUAUUCGGAGAAAUGCAAAUUUUUAACGUGUUAAGCCUUAUUUAAAAACUAUAUAAGCAAACUGAUUUACUUAUCAAAUGAGUUGAUCUAUGUGGAUAAAGCAUGGAUUUACUGUGUACUGAAAGCAUAGUGACUCAUUCGGAAAUAGUACCUAUCGCUUGCAGUAUGAGUAAUCUUAUGUAUGUUUUAUCUUCAGUUGCAACUCCUACAAAUGCAACCAAAUCAACAAAGCAGAGAAGGUCAACCACUUGUCAAGUUCUGUGUAAAGUUACUCCACAUCGCUCAUGUGACAACACCAAGUGGGUGUGUACAGCAGUAAUUAAAAAAACAGAUACUGCAAACGAUCACCAUUUUGUUGAUGAAAAUACCCAAAUGGUCGUUUCUGAUCCCAUUUUUAAAACUGACCGUUGCUUAAAAAAUGCUUUAAAAACUGAAGAAAAGGAUCAAUAUAUCCUUGAAACAUAUUUUAAAACUGUUCAAAAGGACAUUACCCCGGCUAUGCGCAAAAUUGUAGCUCAAUGGAUGAUGGAGGUGUGUGUUGAAGAAAAAUGUCAGGAGGAAGUAGUUUUACUAGCAAUUACCUACAUGGACCGUUUUUUAUCUAAGAAAUCUGUGCGAAAAACUCAUCUACAAAUUUUAGCAGCAGCCUGUUUAUUACUUGCUUCAAAACUGCGCGAGCCCAGCUGCCGAGCACUUUCGGCAGAACUACUUGUAUUUUACACGGACAACAGCAUAUGUAAAGAUGAUCUAAUAAAGUGGGAGCUAUACGUGUUGAGCAGUCUAGGCUGGGAUUUAUCAUCCGUGACCCCCUUGGACUUUUUGGAGCUUUUUAUCAUUAAACUUUCUGUAAGAUGUAAAGUUUUUUCUGGCUUAAACAUCAACACAGUACGCAACAAUGCUCAAACUUUUAUAUAUCUUGCCGCUAAAGAAUAUAGAUUUUCCAAGUAUGCGGCAAGCAUAAUUGCAGCGUCAAGUAUUGUCGCAUCAAUGAAUAACCUCAAAUGGCAAAUUUGUACGGAUAACAUACACUUGCCUUUUAACUUUUUGACCGACACGACAAGUGUAAAACAGGAUCAGCUUCAGCAGUGCAUACUGCAAAUGAACGUCAUAUAUAAAGAGCAGAGUCACAAGUUUUAGCCGUUCUUUCUCGACGAUUCUCACCGUAACCAAUAAAUGGAUAUUGUAAUAGCUUAUGAUCAAUUCAGUGUCAUCAAAAGUAUAUUAUAAUCACCAAGAAGCGCGAAUCGCAGAAACAACCACAGAAGGAUUUGCAAGAAAUACCAUUUUUUAAAUGAAAUACAAUUAUGUAAUCAUAUUUUAGUGCUUUAUUGAGAAAGCUUGAGAUUCAUUUUGGCUGAUAUUUUAAAAAUGAGAAGCUCAGAAAAUGAAUUCUUUUAUUGAACCCUUCUCAAA